AUGGCCAGCUCACAACCGACCAGUGAGACCGUCACCAGUCAAAGCCAACCGAACAACGAACCCACCCAGGCCGUGCGAAACAAUACCAUCCACACUCGACCGGCUGGCCCACUGAUCCGCCAAAGCCGUCCGGGACGGGCGGCCGGUUCGCAAGGCUACUCGGCAAGUGAUAUGACCGCCUUGACCGAAUGCGUGUUGGCGCUGCUCCCACUCGGAACGACGGAGUGGAACGAGGUCUGCGACAGGUACAACAGUUAUGCUCACAAUGCUGGACGCGCUCUCCGGGCAUCUCAUUCCCUCAAGACCAAGUUCCGUACUCUUGUCCAUCACCCUAAUCCCUCGGGCCUUCUCGACGAUUGCCCCAGCUACGUCCGGCUGGCUAAACAAGCCGCAAAGGCGAUCGAGAAACGUUCUCGGUUUUUGAUCUCUCAAGACCCUGACUGGGCGGAGUCCGAUGAAGACAAGGGGACGGGUACCUCUGUGCAAGUUUCGGGUCGAUCGACAACGAUGGAGGAUGAUCAGGAACGCGCGACUCAAGAGAAUGGGGAAGAGACGAGACCACUCAAUCCCCAAACGCAAGUGGAGCCCAACGGAAACCCAGCAGGCAUUCCGGUGCUGCCAGCACAAGUCUCGGAGGAGAGGAGUCAAUCAUCAGCUUCGCCGGUGAUGAUUUCGACCACAUCGUUGCAGCCGUUCGUUCGAUCUACAACCAGUCCUCUCCGAACUGCAUCCCAGCCUGCACCCAAAUCUCUCCAGAGGCCAGGCCCCACUAAAGCUCAUCCGCUGAGGUCCAAUUACUUUUCCCCGAUGGGUUCGAGAGACAGACGUGACUUGUCGGCGAUCGGUGGCAGUGGCCGACGAGACAGGGGCUCAACGGAUGGGGACUCAAAGACGACACGAGGCAAUAACCUUCAGCCCGAGCCUGGUAGCAGUAGUCAGCUAAGGGAAAGGGAGAAUGACCGGGGCCUAGUGGAUUUUUACUCGCUGAGACUGCAAGAGGCGAAUGCGACGAUCAUCCGCCUACAGGACGAGGCGAGCCGGAGCAAGGAUGCCCAGGCCUCCAGGGUACAAGGCUUGGAGGACGAGAAUCGGCGGCUACGGGACAGUCUGCUCCAGCAGACCGUCAAGGCCGACUCCCUCCAGGGACAACUCGAGAUGAUGGGCCGGCUCUGGGACCUCUCGAAGGCCUCCUCCUUCGCCUUCUUCCAGCCCAGCACAAGCCAAACCCCUCUCAACAUACCCUCUUUUCCUAACUUCAACCUGCCCCAGUCCACUUCCUCCUCGAUCCCUCAUAUGCCGCCUGUCCCUCCGGUCCCUCCCCCCGCUUCAGACACCAUUCAUAACCAAAACUCACAACCUUCUUCAAUGCCCCUUGGCGCCCCAAGUGGUUCAGCCGAACAUCUGGCUCCAUCGGUGUCGACUUCCACUGCUCUUGAUGAGCAAAACCAAGUGGGCAGUUCUGCACCAUUCUGA